CACACUUCAUCUCUGGCCAGCUGGACACGGAUUAUAGAUGAAAACUAUCUGGGACAGAGUGGUUCCGUGUGUCACCGGCGACCAUGUCGGACAACUUCACUGAUUUGAGCAACGACACGCUGCCGACGGCUGCGGUUACGCACUACAACUUCCCAAAGCUCAUAUUUGGGAUUUUGCUGAUCAUAACCAUCGCAGGAGGUAACGUGCUCGUGUGCGUUAGUGUGUACGUGGAGAAGGCUUUAAAAACGACAACAAACUACUUCAUAGUCAGUUUGGCGUUCGCAGACCUCCUGCUGGCGGUGCUCGUUUUACCGCUAUUCGUUUACGCAGAGUUUCAGGGUGGCGUUUGGACCCUGAACACGGUGAUGUGUGAUGGCCUGAUGACCAUGGAUGUGAUGCUGUGCACCGCAUCCAUAUUCAACCUGUGUGCCAUCAGUGUGGACAGAUUCAUUGCAGUGUCCAUACCACUAAAUUACAACCGUAAGCAUGUGGACCAACGUCAGCUCAUCCUACUGGUGGCCACGUGGUUGCUUGCUCUGGCCGUGGCCUCACCGGUCAUCUUUGGCAUCAAUAAUGUGCCAAACCGUGACCCCAGUGAGUGCAAGCUCGAGGACAACAAUUACGUGGUUUAUUCCUCUGUCUGUUCCUUCUUCAUUCCAUGCCCCAUAAUGGUACUGCUCUACUUUGGUGUUUUUCGUGGGUUGCGGCGCUGGGAAGAGGCACGUAAAGCCAAACUGCGCAGCAGUAUCGAGGCCUGCAGGAAGCUGCAGCAUGCAGCCGUGGCCACCGCCCUCCCUCCUCUGACGGGCACAAUCCCCGGGCCUCUUCCCAUGCCUCUGCCCAGGAUCAUCGAGAGGGACUUAGCACAGUCUCGGCUAGAUGAUACAGAUGACUACAUUCAGCAGGAGAUUCCAUAUCCGCGGCAGUACAGAGAAAACUCAGUCCCCACAAUCACUUUCAACCAACAGCUGCACAAGAAGAAGCGAGCAAAGAUCAACAGCAGAGAAAGGAAAGCUAUGAAGGUUCUGCCUGUUGUGGUGGGAUGCUUUUUGUUCUGCUGGACUCCAUUCUUUGUGGUCCACAUCAUGAGAGCCCUGUGCGUAACAUGGAACAUUCCUUCCAGCCUGAUGAGCGCCGUCACCUGGCUGGGGUACGUCAACAGCGCUCUCAAUCCCAUCAUCUACACCAUAUUCAAUACAGAGUUCAAGAAAUUCUUCAAGAAAUUCUUCCGUAGCUGCUGCUGACACAAGCUUCCCUCCGGAAGACACUGAGCUAAUGAACUAAUGAAACGCUGGGGAGGAGUGGUUUACAGACGAGGACUGGAAUAUCAAAAAGGUCAGCCCUGUAAAGUCUGCAACACUGUCACUUACCGCAUACUGUCACAGUGCAGCAUGUUUUAGUAAAACUAACAGCAUUUAAAGCCCCGUUCUCACUUUUACAGAUAUCCUGUCAGAGUACCAGUCACAGGUGGUAACUGACAAACUGGCAUGUGAAGAUCAUGGUUGCUCACAAAUGGAACCUUGCACACGAUUUGAUGACAUAAUGCGCUGGGUUUAUACCAUGUAAUGGAAUUAGGGUCAUUUAUACACAUACUGCUAACAGCACAUAUCUGUAAUGUAUCUGUAAAAGUGAGAACAAGACUUAAAUUUGAAUCUUUUUCCUGCCAGCUGUUUGUGAAGUUGAUAAAAGAGAGAAAGGUGACUACUGGUAUCUGAUUAAUAAUACACUCUGAAAGACAUUCAAAUUUUUAAAAAAUGUU